GUGCCUUCAAUUUAGUGUAAUAUUUUGUCAACAAAAUGUAUCAAGACAACUUCAAAAUAUUGUUUGGAACUUGUUGGAGCUCCUUUUGGCUCAAAAGAAAAAGCUGUGUUGUCCUCCAGCUAUUUGUAGAUCUACAAUGUAAAAAUGAGCUGGACUUUCUUUGCCUUUGGUCUGCUAUCACAUCAUUUUGAAAUUGUAGUUGUUUCACUUGUGAAAAUCACAGCGUCUAACCUAAAAACCAACUGACUCAAACUCUAUUUCCCAGGUGGCAUUGCGGUCAGUCUGUUUCUAGGUGUCUAGCAACAGCUUUCUAACCAGACAGCCGGCGGCAACGGGAGCGGUGUUUUUUCGGCGUUUCUCUUCACGGUUAUUCGCUUUAGGUUACUCAGAAUAAAUUGCCGCUCAGCUGAAAGCAGUGAAAAAUAACUCUGACCUCUGCUCAGAGAUAUGAGCGGCAGCGGGCGGCCCAGGACCAGCUCGUUUGCUGAGCCGCCAGGUGUAUCAGGAGCCGUCGCAGCAUCCACUGGAUCAGCCGCUGCCGUGGGGAGCAGCACAGGAAAGUCCGGGGUCCCGCAGGCCUCCGGCAGCAGCUCGUCAGGAUGCUCGAACCUUAAGCUUGCCAGAGACAGUGGGAAGGUGACCACAGUUGUGGCCACACCAGGUCAAGGACCGGACCGCCCUCAAGAAGUCUCCUACACAGACGUCAAGGUUAUAGGCAAUGGAUCAUUCGGUGUUGUGUACCAAGCUCGGCUCAUCGAUACUCAAGAAAUGGUGGCCAUUAAGAAAGUUUUGCAAGAUAAAAGGUUUAAGAACCGUGAACUACAAAUAAUGCGAAAACUCGACCACUGCAACAUUGUCCGACUACGUUAUUUCUUUUACUCCAGUGGUGAGAAGAAAGAUGAGGUUUACCUCAACUUGGUGCUGGACUUUGUCCCAGAGACGGUCUACAGGGUUGCCAGACAUUUUAACAAAGCUAAGAGCAUCAUUCCCAUCAUAUAUGUGAAGGUGUACAUGUACCAGCUGUUUCGCAGUCUGGCUUACAUUCAUUCCCAAGGAGUGUGCCACCGAGACAUCAAGCCCCAAAAUCUGCUUGUUGACCCAGAAACUGCCAUUCUGAAACUGUGCGACUUUGGCAGCGCCAAACAGCUGGUCCGUGGCGAACCCAACGUGUCUUACAUCUGCUCGCGAUAUUAUCGCGCUCCUGAGCUGAUCUUUGGUGCCACAGAUUACACAGCAAAUAUUGACAUCUGGUCAGCUGGUUGUGUAUUAGCAGAGCUUCUGCUCGGACAGCCCAUAUUCCCUGGCGACAGUGGUGUCGACCAACUUGUGGAAAUCAUCAAGGUUUUAGGUACACCAACGAGGGAACAGAUUCGGGAGAUGAAUCCGAACUACACCGAAUUCAAGUUCCCACAAAUUAAAGCGCAUCCAUGGACCAAGGUUUUUAAACCCCGCACGCCUCCAGAGGCCAUCGCUCUUUGCUCCCGGCUGCUGGAGUACACGCCGGCCUCUCGCCUCUCCCCGCUGGAGGCCUGCGCACACGCCUUCUUCGACGAGCUGCGCCAGCCAAACACACGACUGCCAAGCGGACGAGAUCUACCAAUGCUCUUCAACUUCAGUACCACUGAGCUGUCGAUCCAGCCACAGCUGAACUCCAUCCUCAUCCCUCCUCACGCCCGCUCACACACAGUUGCUUCCGUCCACGAUGGUACCGGUUCAGACUCAUCUCAGCUCAGUUCAGUCCCGGGAUCUCUGAACAGCAUCUGAGGCGUCUUCCCAUCUGAAAGCUUCCUCUUCUCACACACUCUUCCCCCCACAGAUUUUCUCCCUGCCGUGUGCUUAACGAUCUGUACAGGAAACCGUUGAAUAGACAGUUCGGUUGUUGGGGUUCAACUACAGCGGGACAGAAUCAAGAGGUUUGAUGGUGGGGGCUGGUCCUCUGAAAUCCAACUUUUUUUUUUUUUAAAUCAACAUCUUCUAUAUUUAUUUUGAAAGAAAAACUGAAACAAUUGUUUGGUGACAUGUUUUGGUUCCUGAACCAGAGUGUUUUUCCCUUGUAUAAAUUUUUUUUUUAAGCAAGUUUUUAACCCCAAUCAGUGAACCGCUCUACCUGACUAAUGUACAGCCUGCAAACGCCUCCUUCAGAAUAAAAUACUUUCAUUUGAGACACUGAGAAACCACAUGAACUAACGUGAGGUUUAAUAAUCAGAACCAGGACGAACUCAAAGCUAAGUCCCCCAGUUUACUGUUUUCUGCACCACAGCACUGUCAGACUAAAAAAUAAAACCCUGACUUUCCCUGUACUAGAUCAUGUUUCUUAAAUUGAGAUUUUAAUGUGGAUUUUACUCCUUUAGAAUGAAAGUGUAGAUUUUUUUUUCUUUUUUUAGUAGUCUUUCUUAUUCUCACCUCAUAGCCAGAAGGCUCUGGUUCAAAUCCCAGCUGGGACUUUUCUGUGUGGAGUUUGCAUGUUCUCCACCAUUUAUGCCCGGGUUUUCUCCGGGCUAGUCAGCUUCCUCCCACAGUUCAAACACAUGCUUCAUAGGGCCACUGGUGAUCCUAAAUUGUCCCUAGUGUGUAUGUGAGUGUAAUAUUGUUUGUAUGUGGCCCUUUGAUAUCUGUCAAAAAUACAGAAUUCAAGGAAAGGGUCUUUAGUAAACAAACAGUUGGUGUGUCUGUGUUGUUCUGCUAAAUCCUAAAAAUCAAUAACUUGUUAAGUUCUCUGUCUGAGAUUAGCAGAGCAUUGCCGCACAGGAGGCUGUUAGCCAUACAGACACAAAUCAACAGAAAGUUCUACAGAACAGAUCUGGAUCUCUUCUGUUCUACCGGCUCGUUUCCACUUGACUCUGUGGGGAUCAGUGUUCUCAGAUGCUGCUGGUGGCUUUCAAAGGUCAGUCAGGCUGAUUUUGUGGAACAUUUUAGUUAGACACUCUGGUUGGAAGUCCAAAAUAGUUCAUUUUAAGAGAUAAGCAUUUAAAUGAAGUCAAUCUAAUGACAGAUUUAGUGCCCAAUGUAAAAAAUUAGAUCACCCGCGGAUUUGAGUUGUUAUUUUUUUAAAUUCCAAAACUGUUUUUUUUUUCAUUCUCUUUCUACUUUACAAUACGUUUUUUUUCUGAUUUUUCUUUGUGUUGAAAUUAGAGAGCUUUGUAAACAGCUUAUUUUGGGGGGAAAAAAGAAAAUGAACCCCAGAUCAUAAGUGCUUCUGUACACUGAGGAUGUGGUAGCUAAAAGAAUAUAACUCGCUGUUCUGACCUGACGAGCCGUUUUUAGGACAUUUUUCCGUCUGCACUCAAUUUAAAAAAAUAAAAAGCUAAAAAAAUAAAAGAAGCAAGGAUCAGUUUAGAGGUAAUCCAAGUUUGAUGUGCAGAGAAUGUAUUCCUGUGUAUGUGAACAAACUUCAGCCUGCAGUCUGACAGUGCUUUAGGAGUAGAGCAUCCAACAAUACCGGCUUUGGUACGCAGAAACAUCCUCUCAAAAGUUUGUAGUUUAGAACAUUCGAAUCUGUGGUACAACACCUCCACCCGCUGUUUUCUGUUCACCCACUUCAGAGCUUUUUCUUUAAGUACCAACCCUUGACGCCGUUAACUUUUACCACACCUUAGACAAUGAGAAGAGAGUGAAGAGCCUUUUUUCUCUACUCUGUUUUGAAGACGUUUUUCUCGCCAGCUGCCUCCCGAUUUCCAACUUGUGACCUCCCGGAAUGACGGGUCACUGUUGUCCGUCCUUUUUCCCGUUAGAAGUCCAACCAGCCUGUUUUGGUUCUCGUCCAUCAGGCCGAUGGCGAUCACACUCAGAGCUGUUUCUAUGGCAGGGAAAAGCUGUGGAAAAAGCCAGGCGAAAGAAUCCAUCAAAGCUGAUUUUUCUUCUGUUUUAAAAGCCAUUUAUUUCCCCGCUUUCUGUCUCUUUUCGCACAUGUAAAUAUCACAGAUAUGUUUUGUUUUUUUCUUGCUUCUUUUUACUUUUUAUUACAGAGUUGUUUAUAUCUUACUACCCGCAUCCUGUUGAUGAAAUAGUCUUAGUUUCUGCAUUUUGUAAAUAAGCUUUUUUUUUCACAGUCAAAGUGUAGAUACUGACAGAAAAAGAAAAAAAAACAGCCACUCCUCACGUUUGUUGAUCUUUCUCUUUCUUUCUCUGUCCUGUGGUCCAGUGGAACCUGUGAAGUAGCUCAGUGUGACUCGGCUCUCCCCCUUUGUUCUGUCCUCCAUGGGAUGAGGAAUUGGAAAAGUUCUGUUCUAAGAUGUCUUCCAUUUAUGGGCUUAAAAACAGAAAAUAUUUGAAAAAGUGCCUAAAGUUUUGUGACACUUCCCAAAUUUGAUUGGAGCUAAAUUUGCUUACAAGCUCUGUCCUGCUCGUUUCUUUUUCAGUUGACGCUCCAGAUGAAUGUCAAUCUUUAAGACUUCUACAACUUCAGUUGUGUGACGUGAGGUUCAUGAGGUUUUUAAAUUAGGAAGUUUGCUCCGGUUAUCAGGAGCUAAAGUUUCCAAUCCAUUUUCUUUUGAUCUAAUUGGCUCUUUUAUUUCUCACUUGCCAAUUAACAAAAACGUUGGCAAACCUAAAAUACAGACUUCCUUGUUUUAUUUUAUUUUUUACUGUUCAGACCUCAUGGAAUAGUCAGCUUCCUAAUUUUCCCUUUUGCCUGUAGAGGGCGCUGUUCAGAAUGGAAAAUGGCUUCUCAUUUUAGAACAGAACUGGUAUCUUUCCAGCCAGCAAUAUAUGACUGAUGUGCAGUAUUCAGAAACCCGCCUUUACUUCAGGACACUGCCGUUUUCCGAAUGUGACGACUCGAACCGCCUUAGACGAGUCAGCUGGAAGAGAAAUGAUGUUACGACGUCCAGCAGUUCUCAAAGAGGCCGAUCUGUGUAUUAUGUGCUGUGUGGAUUUCCGAAUUGCUGCUAUUGAUCAAAAAAUUUGACACUUUUUCUUGAGAGGUAGCUGUGUGCAUGUUUGUGUGUGUUUCCAAAUCCAAAUGUUUUGUUUAUACUGUUCUGUAGCUCAUCCUGUCCUUACCUGUCACGGUUUCUGUUGUUUCUUAAGAUGUAAACUCUGGUGUCAUUGUAGCCUUGGAGGACUGAGGCUUCAGGGAAUGGAGGGCUUGAAAGGGCAAAGAAAGAGAAAGAAACACAAACCUGUCUCUGUUCUGUGUGUAUAAUAUGGACUCAAUUACUGUAAUAAAGUGAUGAAAUUGUAUGUAAA